AUGAAUAGGAUUUAUGUAUUGUUGUGCGUGUGUUUUGUGGGGGCUGCAUUUGGAGCCGAAGCAGAUGUAAAAGCAUGGUUCUUGGAAAAAGCGAUUGAGUGCAGUCAGAAACAUGCGGUCAACAGUGAAGAGAUGAAAAUGCUCAGCGACCAUAAAUUCCCAGAGAGCAACACCUCUAAGUGUCUUUUGGCGUGUGUCUUCAAAAAAGCGGAAUGGAUUGAUGAAAAUGGCAUGUUCAGCGAAGACAAUGCUUACAAACUAUCACUAAAAGAGUUUCCAGAUGAUAAAGAAAAACUAGCAAAUGCUAAGAAACUAUUUGGAUUGUGCAAGACAGUCAACGAUGCAAAUGUCGGAGACGGUGCCAAAGGGUGUGAACGAGCUUCACUACUUGCUUCAUGUUUAGUCAAAAACGCCGGACAGGUUAAUAUUUUGGUUUAG